AUGGCAGUUUCACACUUUUUACAAGAACCAGCAGCCAAAAAAUUCAAGCAAUCUGCCAAAGGAACCGGACUUCUUUCGUUACUGCCACCAGUGAAAUGUCUUCCUUUGACUAACAAAAGUUUUGUUCCUAAUAUUUUGACACAGAAGAAUAAAGCAAAUGAACAAGUCAAGAAAGUCAGUAAACCCCUAGUACCAAACAGUGUUAGAAAGAAAAAAGAAGCAUCUAUCUCAUCAAAGAAGGAAGAAUCAGAUGCCAAAUCUAAGCAGAAUGAAAGUGAUGACAGUGAUGUGGAGAUGCCAGAAACUUACGAUGAUGAAUUAUGGCAAAAAGUAUGCGGCAAAAAAGUUGUUAAAAAUAUAAUUGUUGAAGAAGAACCUGUAAGCAAAGAACCUAUAAUCGAUUUGGCUCCAGAGCCAGUUGCCCCAUACCAAGGUUUAGAUAAUGCAGCUUUUAAAGAACUUGUAGGAAAGAGUAGUAGAAUGCCACGCAAUAUAAAACUUAUAGAUAUAAAUGAAGAUCAAUUGGUAGCUGAAAAAGAUUUGUGGAUGACAAAGUCACUUACUGAUCCAGAAUACAUACCAAAACCAUCUGAAGAUGAUGAUUCAAUAGAUCCUACAAAAAGAAAGAAGCAUCAUAUCACUUAUCUGGCUCAAAAAGCAAAAGCUAAUGAACAAGAAUUACAACAGCAAUGGGCUGCAAGUAAACACAACAGAAUGCAAUCCAGAGCAAAGUAUGGUUUUUGAUCUUAAUACUGUU